GCUAUGGAAAUAAUCAAAUUGUUAAAAUAAUUCAAAUAGAAUGGGGAACAAGACUAUAAACAAUAGUUGUCAACCAAAAGCAUUGUAAUCCAUUGGACACGCCGACCGGGCGUCUCUACACGGCAUCCGCGUUCAAUGAACGUUACUCAGCAAAAGAUCUCAUUGCGAACGCAAUUGUUGUGUGUUCUAAUUCAUAAAUUUUAAGCCGUAAACCCGUUUCCCGACCUCGCCUACACGUCACUCAGUGAGUUCGGCCUAUAAAACCAUGGUGCAAAUGGCCAAACAGCAUCAGUCAUCCGACAGUUAAACUAACAAACAAACCAACCAAUUCAACAUGAAGUUCCUUAUCUGCUUGACUCUUUGCAUUGCUGCUGCCCAGGCUGGUUUCCUGGCUGCACCAGUAACAACUUAUGCCGCCGCUCCUGCCUAUGCUGCUGCCACCUACACCGCUCCAGUGACCACCUAUGCCGCUGGUGUACCAACGACCUACUCUGCUUAUGCUGCCCCAGCUGCCUACUCAACCUAUGCUGCUGCUGCUCCUUUCGCUCCAUCCGUGUACAGUGCCGCUCCUGCCUACACUGCUCCUUUGACUUAUGCUGCUCCUGCCUACACUGCUCCAGUGGCCACUUAUGCUGCUCCAGCUGUGGUCAGCCCCUUCUUGAAGAAGAAGUAAACAUUGUCGAUAUGUUAUACAAAAAAAAGUACUUGCUUCUAAACCAUCUGACAAAUGAAUAAACUUUCUUCAAACUUCAA